UCCUUACAUCAUGAGGUUCUUGGUCUUCCUGUGUGCCCUCCUCGUUGCAGAGGCAGCCAAACUCCAGGGUUAUCCUCCCCCAGUACAGGGUCAUGCAGACGUAUCGUUAAAGACAUUGUCCCUUUCCGACGUCUCUGAACAGAGUGAAUUAACUCUCAGAGUGGAUUCUGACGAGGAAACCUUCGCCUCUGAUCUAGGACCAUUAUCUAUCCCAUCUGACCAGUCAGUCCUUUUGACUAACCAGCUUUCAGCAGUUGAUAUCUCUGUACAGCCUUCACUCGACACGUCCAACCAGCAUUCAGUACCUGGUCACCCUACCGAUGGUCCUGCCCACUCUUCAUUCGACGCAUCCAAACAGCAACUGGCUCCUGGUUUCUCUGUUCAUGGCUCUACCCAGAACUCUUUUGACACGUCCAUCCGCCAUUCGGUGCAUGGUCACUCUGCUGACGCACCAAUCCAGCCUUCACUAUCUGGUUUUUCUGCUGACGGAUCUGCCCAGCUUCCAAUCAAUACCCCCAUCUUUGAAGAUGACCUCCAAGGAGUAGGCCUAUCUCCGAGAGAUCCUGCUGGUCAUGAAUCUUUGCAGCCCUCCGAGCUCGAUGGAUCCACUCGCUCUUGUCCAGAUGGACAAAUCCUCCACGUCGAUGGCCGAUGCGUAACGCCUGAGGUCACCAGAAACAUGUUUGUUUAUUCUGCCCCUGAAGUAGAGCCCAAGAUAAUCACAGCUCCCAAGGACCUCCCUCUGCCCAAAGUAGAACAUAACAUAGUGUUCAUCCACACGGAGGAACUUAACGCAGGACUCGAGCCAAUAAUCGUGCCACCUCCUCAGAGGAAGCACAUAAUCUACGUCCUCAAUGAAGAGUCUGGACAACAAGGCCCAAGGCUCAUCGAAGUAACUGCACCUCCCCCAAGGAACCCUGAGGUGUACUUCGUGAAUUACGCCGACGGGCAAACCCCAACUCUGCCCGACGGGAUUGACUUUGAGGAAGCCCUCAAAUCAGCCAUCCACUCCGAGGGAACACUCAUAGGUGGUCAAUUUGCCGAUUCUAGUGAGCACGAUGGGGAUGACGGUGCUGGUGGUGUUGUUGCUGAUUUCAGUGUCACCACUGCUGAAGAAGCUCUAGGGAGCUCAGUACCAGUUGUUGCUGACCACCAGAAUAAAGGAUUUCCAGCUGGUUCUGGAAACGACGUUGGUAUCCAUCACCAGCACGGCAUCAACACAGAAGUAACUUCUGCUGGAGCUGUUGCAGUUCAAGGACCUUCUGUAUUUCCAGCUGGUUCUGGAAACGACGUUGGUAUCCACCACCAGCACGGCAUCAACACAGAAGUAACGUCUGCUGGAUCUGGUGCAGUUCAAGGCCCAUCAGCAUUUCCAGCUGGCUCUGGAAACGACGUUGGUAUCCACCACCAGCACGGCAUCAACACAGAAGUAACGUCUGCUGGAGCUGGUGUAGUUCAAGGCCCAUCUGCAUUUCCAGCUGGUUUUGGAAACGACGUUGGUAUCCACCACCAGCGCGGCAUCAACACGGGAGUAACUUCUGCUGGAGCUGUUGCAGUUCAAGGACCUUCUGUAUUUCCAGCUGGUUCUGGAAACGACGUUGAUAUCCACCACCAGCACGGCAUCAACACAGAAGUAACGUCUCCUGGAUCUGGUACAGUUCAAGGCCCAUCUGUAUUUCCAGCUGGCUCUGGAAACGACGUUGGUAUCCACCACCAGCACAGCAUCAACACAGAAGUAACUUCUGCUGGAGCUGUUGCAGUUCAAGGCCCUUCUGCAUUUCCAGCUGGUUCUGGAAACAACCUUGGUAUUCAUCUCCAACAAAGCAUCAACCAAGGAAUAACUUCUGCAGGAGCUGAUGCUGUUCAAGGCCCUUCUGCAUAUCCAGCUGGUUCUGGAAACAACGCUGGUAUCCAUCUCCAACAGGGCAUCAACCCAGGAGUAACUUCUGCAGGAGCUGAUGCUGUACAAAGCCCUUCAGCAUUUCCAGCUGGUUCUGGAAACGACUUUGGUAUCCAUGUCCAGCACGGCAUCAACCCAGGGGUAACUUCUGCUGCUCAAGCCCCUUCUGUUCCCGCCGUAGGAGCAGAGCCACAAGGACUCUACACCACACCCUGAUCACUUGACCUCCCAUGACACGAAAUGAUAAUGGAUUGUAGUGACUUAACCCUUUCGACCUUUCGAAAAUAUAUAUCGAUUUAAAAAUACUACGAUAUGUUGAUGAUUUUCCGAAAAUAAAUUCUAUAUUUUUA